AUGAUGCGCCGUGUUAUUUCCCAGCCCGUCACCCGCCGCGCGGCGGCCGCCUCAAGUGUGCUCGUGGUCACACCUCGCAAGGCUUCCACUGUCGCCAUCUCCGUCCAGGGGCUGCACUACGUUGGCACUGGUCUCGCCGCCAUUGCUCUUGCUGGUGUCGGCAUGGGUAUUGGUACCAUCUUUGGCUCCCUGCUGAUGUCCUGCGCUCGCCAGCCGAACUUGACCAAGAUGCUCUUCAACUACGCCAUUCUCGGUUUCGCCCUGACGGAGGCCAUCGGCCUGUUCGCGCUGAUGCUCGCCUUCCUCAUGCUCUUCUCGUAG